AUGGCCCUUGCAACCCAUCACCCCAGUGCCUUUGACAGGGUGCUGCGACUCAACCCCAUGGCCAUGGAGCCCCCAGCAAUGGAUUUCUCCAGGCGGCUUCGGGAGUUAGCUGGAAACACCUCUAGUCCGCCAUUGUCACCGAACCGGCCCAGUCCUAUGCAAAGGUUACUGCAACCAUUCCAGCCAGGCAGCAAGCCACCCUUUCUGGCCACGCCGCCUCUCCCUCCUCUUCCCGCUCCUCCCCCUUCCCAGCCUCCCGUCAAAUCCAAGUCCUGUGAAUUUUGUGGGAAAACCUUCAAGUUUCAGAGCAACUUAGUUGUCCACCGCCGCAGCCACACUGGAGAAAAACCUUACAAGUGCAACCUUUGCGACCACGCGUGCACUCAAGCAAGCAAGCUAAAGCGCCACAUGAAAACCCAUAUGCACAAAUCCUCCCCAAUGACAGUGAAGUCUGACGAUGGCCUCUCCACGGCCAGCUCCCCAGAGCCUGGAACCAGUGACCUUGUUGGCAGUGCUAGCAGUGCCCUAAAAUCCGUAGUGGCCAAGUUUAAGAGUGAGAAUGAUUCCAAUAUGAUUCCAGAAAACGGGGAUGAAGAAGAAGAGGAGGAGGAGGAGGAGGAAGAAGAGGAAGAGGAAGAAGAAGAGGAGGAUUUGACUGAAAAUGAACGGCCAGACUAUGGGUUUGGCAUUAAUCUAGAAGCAGCUCGUCACCAUGAGAACAACUCCCGGUCUGUCGAUGAGAACCGCUCCAUGCCGGAUGUCAUGCAAGGGAUGGUUCUGAGCUCCAUGCAGCACUUCAGCGAGGCCUUCCAUCAGGUCCUUGGAGAGAAACAUAAACGAGGGCAUUUGUCCGAAUCUGAGGUACAUAGAGACACUUGCGACGAAGACUCGGUAGCUGGUGAAUCCGAUCGCCUCGACGAUGGCGCUAUUAAUGGUCGGGGGUGUUCCCCUGGUGAAUCUGCCUCUGGAGGUUUGUCAAAAAAGCUGCUCUUGGGUAGCCCGAGCUCCCUAAGCCCUUUCUCCAAACGCAUCAAACUUGAAAAGGAGUUUGACCUUCCCGCAACAGCUAUGCCUAACACUGAAAAUGUUUACUCCCAGUGGCUAGCUGGGUACGCUGCUUCUCGGCAGCUAAAAGAUCCAUUCCUCAACUUUGGAGACUCCCGACAAUCGCCUUUUGCUUCCUCCUCUGAACACUCCUCCGAAAACGGAAGUUUACGCUUCUCGACGCCUCCUGGGGAGAUGGAUGGAGGGAUAUCAGGCCGCAGCGGUACAGGAAGUGGAGGGAGCACCCCGCAUAUUAGUGGUCCAGGCCCUGGAAGGCCUAGUUCAAAAGAGGGCAGACGCAGCGACACUUGUGAGUACUGUGGGAAAGUCUUCAAGAACUGUAGUAACCUCACUGUCCACAGGAGGAGCCACACUGGGGAAAGGCCUUAUAAAUGUGAGCUGUGUAACUACGCGUGCGCCCAGAGUAGCAAACUCACCAGGCACAUGAAAACGCAUGGUCAGGUGGGGAAGGACGUUUACAAAUGUGAAAUUUGUAAGAUGCCUUUUAGCGUGUACAGUACCCUGGAAAAACACAUGAAAAAAUGGCACAGUGAUCGAGUCUUGAAUAAUGACAUAAAAACUGAAUAG